CAUUGACAGAUUAAACAGUCACCCAUCCUCUCCUUUCUAUAUAACAUCCUUUCAACUCCCCUCCAUUUUUCACAUCCCAAUUCUUUCAUUUCAAACUUUUCUUUUCGGGUCGGGUUCAAUGGCAGCACGUUCGUCUCUCGUUGCUCUCGGCGUCGUGCUGGCAUUGGCAGCUUUAACCGCCCAAUUAGCCGAGGCGGCGCGAGCUUUCUUCGUCUUUGGAGACUCUUUGGUUGACAAUGGCAACAACAACUACCUUGCCACCACUGCCCGAGCGGAUUCGUAUCCGUAUGGCAUUGAUUUCCCGACGCACCGUGCCACUGGUCGCUUCUCCAAUGGCCUUAACAUCCCUGACUAUAUCAGUCAGCAACUCGGUUCGGAGUUCUUACUGCCGUAUUUGAGCCCGGAGUUCAACGGUCGAAGGAUGUUGGACGGCGCGAAUUUUGCUUCUGCUGGCAUUGGCAUUUUGAAUGACACUGGAAUACAGUUUAUAAACAUAAUUAGAAUGUUUAGGCAAUUUGAAUACUUCGAAGAGUACCAAAGAAGAGUUGGAAGGAUAAUAGGAGAUGAAAGAACAAAGCAACUGGUGAAGGGAGCCUUGGUGCUAAUUACCGUCGGGGGCAAUGAUUUCGUCAAUAAUUACUAUCUUGUCCCCUUCUCCGCCAGGUCACGCCAAUACGCUCUCCCUGACUACGUCAACCUCCUCAUCGUCGAGUAUCGAAAGCUACUCCUCAGGCUCUACGAGCUCGGGGCGCGACGAGUUAUGGUUACCGGGACGGGGCCGCUCGGGUGCGUCCCUGCAGAAUUGGCAAUGCGAGGAAGUAGCGGCGGGCAGUGUUCAGCAGAGCUGCAGCGAGCGGCGGCGCUGUAUAAUCCACAGCUUCUUCAGAUGGUCAAAGGACUCAACACCCAACUUGGUUCCAAUGUGUUUGUGGCUGUUAAUACUCAACAAAUGCACAAUGAGUUCAUCUCCAAUCCUCAAGCCUUUGGGUUUGAAACAUCAAAAGUGGCAUGUUGUGGACAAGGGCCAUACAAUGGAUUAGGGCUUUGCACAGUGGCAUCAAACUUAUGUUCCAACAGAGAUGCAUAUGCCUUUUGGGAUGCCUUUCAUCCUUCUCAAAAGGCAAAUGGGAUCAUUGUCAAACAAAUGUUUUCAGGCACAACCCAAUACAUGUACCCUAUGAACCUCACUACCAUUCUUGAAUUGGAUUCUACCACUUGAAGACUAUGACCCAAAAUGUCCUUUUUACCCUCACCCCUUUCAAAACUCUUGUGGGUUUGGAAUUAUAUAUGUGUCUCUCUCUAUCUUUAAUGUAACAUUUGCUUUGGUUUAUGUUUAGUUUUGUGUUGUUGGCUUCAUCAAAAGAAUGGGCCUGUUUUCAAUUGACAACAUUCUAUAUAUAUAGUAUUCUCUC